AUGAGUGUGGUAACAAUAACCAUCAAUUCUUCGCCGUCAUGGAUGAACAACAGAGACAAUUCUUUCUCACUGAGGGAAACCACCGCCUAUUUGUCAAGGCGGAGGAGGAGCUCGAGUGUAUCUCUGAGGAAGAAGAAGAAGGUGUGUUGCGGAGCAAAGAGCAGAGAUGAUGAUUACCACGCAACCCUCAAAUCUCUCAACUCUCGAGGCCGCUUUCCCAGAAAAUCCCUAGGGCAGCAUUACAUGCUGAAUUCGGACAUAAAUGAUGAGCUAGCUGCUGCGGCAAAUGUGAAAGAAGGAGACUUUGUGUUGGAGAUUGGACCAGGGACUGGCUCGUUGACCAAUGUUCUUCUCAACUUGGGUGCUUCUGUUCUUGCCAUCGACAAGGAUCCUCAUAUGGUGGAUCUCGUGCGUGAAAGAUUCGCAGGUUCCCACAAGUUCAAGGUUUUGCAUGAGGAUUUUGUCAAGUCUCACAUCCGCUCUCACAUGCUCUCCUUUUUACAGACUAGAAUCUUAUCUGAUCCAGAUUUUGCUCUUGCAAAGGUUGUGUCCAACUUACCUUUUAAUAUAAGUACUGAUGUUGUCAAGCUUCUUCUUCCUAUGGGGGACAUCUUCUCUCACGUUGUUCUCUUACUCCAGGAUGAGGCAGCUUUGCGAUUGGUUGAGCCAGCUUUGCGAACAUCUGAGUACCGACCCAUCAACAUUUUGGUCAACUUCUAUUCUGAACCGGAAUACAAUUUCAGAGUUCCUAGGGAAAACUUCUUCCCUCGGCCCAAGGUUGACGCAGCUGUUGUAACAUUCAAACUGAAGCAUCCGAGGGACUAUCCCGAUGUUUCUUCCACCAAAAGUUUCUUCUCUUUGGUGAAUUCUGCAUUUAAUGGGAAGAGAAAAAUGUUGAGAAAGUCACUCCAGCACCUAUCGUCAUCUCCUGAGAUUGAGAAAGCUCUUGGAGUAGCAGGUCUUCCAGUCACUUCGAGGCCUGAAGAGCUUACGCUGGGUGACUUUGUGAAGUUGCAUAAUGAAUUGAAGAUGAGUAGCAGCCUGGAGACGGCGAGAGCAGAGCUGGGAGUGGUGGUCUUGUAUUUGAACAAAGCGGAGGCGAGGGACAAGAUAUGUAGAGCUAUUCAGUACGGAUCCAAGUUCGUGAGUGAUGGACAGCCUGGCACUGCGCAGAAUGUGGACAAGUCAACCAGCUUGGCCAGAAAAGUGUUCCGUCUCUUCAAGUUUGUGAAUGAUCUGCAUGCUCUCAUCAGCCCUGUUCCCAAGGCCACCCCUCUCCCUCUUGCUCUCCUCGGAAAGACCAAAAACGCAUUGCUCUCUACCUUCUUGUUCCUCGAUCAAAUUGUCUGGCUUGGCAGGACUGGCAUUUACAAGAACAAAGAACGAGCUGAGCUUCUUGGACGUAUUUCCCUCUUCUGUUGGAUGGGUUCUUCCGCCUGCACGUCUUUGGUGGAGAUUGGGGAGCUUGGUAGGCUCUCAGCUUCAAUUAAGAAGCUUGAAAAAGAGAUCGGCAACAAGGAUAAACACCAAAAUGAGCAAUACAGAGCGAAACUACAGAGAUCAAACGAGAGGUCAUUGGCUCUGAUCAAAGCUGGAAUGGAUUUCGUUGUUGCUUUCGGUUUGCUUCAGUUGGCUCCCAAGAAAGUCACUCCCCGUGUCACUGGCGCUUUCGGUUUCGCCUCCUCCCUUAUCUCUUGUUAUCAGUUACUGCCAGCUCAUCCCAAGUCCAAGACGGUCUAA